AUGCAAAGUUCAGAUGGUGCAGACUACAAGGAACAUGGAGAUGGCCAGAUUCGCAAAACUUCUGCAGAGGAGGCUGAUAUGGUUCCUCAGUACCACCACAGGUUCUGGUAUGUCGCUAAAAGGGUGAUAAUAAUGUGCCGGAUCUGCAUGCGCCUGCGUGUGUCAUCCAAAUCCUUCAUGGAGGUUUGGGCAACGUUGACAAAGUACGGCAGCAAGUCACAGACUGAAGAGGAACAGAGAGAAAGCAGCAAAGCCGCAUUUGAUUUUCAAUACUUCAAGACACGGCAUAAUAACCUUUCCAAUACAGAGAUUCAGAUCACCAUGAAACUACCCGAGCAGCGGACAAUGCAUGAUCUGGAAUUGCUUACAGUUGUCAUGAGAUCUUUGCUGAGCUUCAGACACUACAGAAAAUCCUACCAGCUUUUGCUGGCAAAAAUAAUGAGAUACGAACGGUUCAGGAGGAGGAGGGUGAUAAUAAGAAAGGGUGAUCCAGCACACAGUUUCUACUUCAUAUACUCUGGAGGUGUCAGCUUCUCCACGGACCUAGAUGGGAGCAGUGCUUUUAAAGAGGAACAGCAAGCUGACUUGCGGAAAGGUGCCAGGUUUGGAGAGAUUCCCGUGCUGAAACGGCUGCGAAGGAACUUCACUGCAGUUUGUGUGGAGGACACUGAGCUGCUGGUUGUUGACAGAGAGGAUUUCUUUGCAAAUAAACUUGACGAGGUGUUAGUGGAUGAAGCACACCAUCGCUUUGUUUUUUUCAGAUCACUCAACCUUCUACAGUCAUUGCCUGACAGUUCCAUCGAGAUCCUAUCUGACUACUCCACAACAGAAGAGUUCCUCUAUGGCCAGGUCAUUCCACACAAUAUAGACAACCUGAUUUUCGUCACCAAGGGUCGCUUUGUGAUACUGCGACUGGUGAAUCUCGCUCGCUGUCAUUCCUACCACAUGCUGAUUGCCCAGGAGCUGCCCUUCAUCAAAAACGUUGAACAAGAAAAAGAGUCGAUCAGUAAACGGCCAAAGCAACAUUCCGCCAACAAUCGCACACAGAUUACCAAAGCCCUGGCUGUCGCUGUCUUCAUGCAGAUCGAUUCAAUUCUACCAGGAGAGGUUUUUGGCCUGCGGCAGUACUUUCUGCCCAGUAACCUUCACGAUAGACGGCCCUUCAGUCUCAAGAGCGUCGGCACGAAGAUUGUGAGGAUUGAUAUGGAGACCUUUGCUGAAAUAGCUGACCCCAAAACACUGCAAAAGGUCAGGUUGCUGCAGUCUGUGUACCCAAGCGAUGACAAGCUCUGCGAGCUCUUCAUCAGGAAUAAUUUCUGGAAGAUCUUUAAGAAGGAUAUGAUCACCAAGAUCACCCGUGGCACAAAAGCUGAGAAAGCUAAAAUGUCAGUUCAAGGGGAGAGUGUGUAUGAGAUUGACAAGACUGGGAUCCUGAACCUUCCUGAUAUUGCUAGCAAUCCCCAUACUAUUUUUUCAAAACCUUCGUACUACAUUACUCCUGUUCUGAGGAUCAAGAAAGGUGAAGACUUCAAAUUACCAGAAGUAGAUCUCCAAUUGAUACACGGAAUAGAAAAGAUUCCAUCCAAUUUAAAGCAUGUGUUGUUCUGAACAGGUCCCUGGUGUUCUUGCUCAUUGUCUGACUUCCUUCAAUGUAGAAUCUUUCAGAUUGUUGCCAUUACUUGUUUAAUUCUUUCCAAUUUCAGUUUAUUUCUCCCCCAACACUUUGUUCACCGUAGGAUCAUGCACUGGGGUUUUUCUCACAUACUUUGUUCUUUCAUAUAUUUGGCCCCUGUUAUGCACAACACUUUUCCAAUUAUCAAGGAACAACUGCAAUCAUAUAUAGACCACUGUUACAAAGGUCUUACAUUAAAAUCCAAAGCCAUUUAAACCUACUGCCAUAAAGACAGUGCAUAGGAACCAAGCUAGUAAAAUACAAGCUUACAGCCAACAUGUUAACACCUAAUAAGUUAGUUGCAUUGUUUUAAAAAUGCAACAUUAGAGUCCCAUUAUCAGGUCUAUGUAAUGUAAUAUCGGUCUGAUAAUACCAGACCCAAUGAUUCACACUCAAUGCAAAGGUCCAAUACCUUAUGCUUGAAUGGUAUGAGAUCCAAUGAUAUAGAUCCCAAUAUCAUAAAUCAUGGACUACACCAUGAGACAAAUUCCAUAGACCCAAUCAUAUACACUCCCUGGUUUAAGAUUCAAUUCAUUUAGACCCAAUAAUAUGGACUCUGUGCAAUAAUAAUACAAUGCCACAAGUCAAUAUGCCUUAAAAUCCAAUCAUAAGACCCAUUGUUAUAAAGGUGCAGUGUCAUAAUGCCAAAGGUCACAACAUGUGAAUACUUGACCCAAUACCACUGCCCUAAUGCAGAAUAAUUGAAUGCUAUGGAAAUACCAUAUGCUCCAAUGCCAUCAAAGCUCAGCAUCAGAUGAUCCAGUUCCACGAGGGCAAAAUCCAAGAAAUCUAAAUAUUGUAAAGGAUGAAUUAGGGAUCACCAUCAUCACACUGGAAUCAAUCAAAGGCACGCGUCUUCUUUGUGGUGCCAAAAUAAGCAAUCUGAAAAAUGCCUUACAAUAAUAGCAACCCUUUCCUGGGAUUACCAUGCAUUUUGCAGGUGUUUAAUUGAAGCUUGAACCUGCUCC